AGUCUGCGUGCGUGAGUGGGAGGCGGCGGGCCUGCGACUGUGGCCUUCCCGGCUGACUGCUCCGACGCCGCAUCCCCAGUCAUGAACCGGUUUGGCACCCGGUUGGUGGGAGCCACGGCGACCACGCCGCCGGCGCCGAAAGCACGAAGCAAUGAGAACCUCGACAAAAUCGAUAUGUCCCUGGAUGAAAUUAUCAAAUUGAAUAGAAAGGAAGGAAAGAAGCAAAGUUUUCCAAGACUGAAUAGAAGACUCCAGCAAAGUGGUGCCCGGCAACUCAGGAUGAGAGUGCGGUGGGGAGUCCAGCAGAGUUCUGGUUUUGGUAAAACUAGCGUGAGCCGUAGAGGAAGAGUAUUGCCGGGAAAGAGACGUCCUUAUGGAGUCAUCACUGGCCUUGCAGCCAGGAAAGCAACUGGUAUUCGAAAAGGAAUAAGCCCUAUGAAUCGUCCACCUCUAAGUGACAAGAAUAUAGAACGGUAUUUUCCAGCAUUAAAAAGGAAGACAAGCCUUCUGAGACAAAAUGAAGUGCAAAGGAAACCCGUUGCCGUUCUCAAGAGACCGAAUCAGUUAAACAGAAAAAAUAACAUUCCAGCUAAUUUUACCAGGAGUGGAAAUAAAUUAAGUCAUCAGAAAGACACUCGUCAGGCAACUUUUCUUUUCAGAAGAGGCCUGAAGGUUCAGACCCAGUUGAACACAGAACAGCUGAUAGAUGAUGUGGUAGCAAAGAGAACACGUCAAUGGCGAACUUCCACCACAAAUGGAGGAAUUUUGACUGUAUCCAUUGACAAUCCUGGAGCUGUACAGUGUCCGGUAACUCAGAAACCACGAUUAACUCGUACUGCUGUGCCCUCAUUCUUAACAAAAAGAGAACAGUCUGAUGUUAAGAAAAUUCCUAAAGGAGUCCCUCUACAGUUUGACAUAAAUAGUGUGGGAAAACAGACAGGGAUGACGUUGAAUGAACGAUUUGGAAUACUGAAAGAGCAAAGAGCCGCCCUCCCCUUCAGCAAAGGAGGAAGCCGCUUCGUGACUGUAGGAUAGGUCCAAGGAACUUUUAAGUUUGACUGUUUGAAAAGUUGAUUUGCUUGAAGAGUUCAUCGGAGAAGUUCAAGAAACUUUACUUCAGAAUAUUCACAAGCCUAAAUAACUUUAUUUUUGAAGGUUUUUUUUGUUGUUGUUUUUUUUAAUGUAUAAAUAAUGCCCUGAAAGAAUAGCAGGGAAUAUACCUAUCUGUUCUUAAAGAUGUCAUGGUUGGCCCAAACAAAGCAGCUCUCUGUUGCCUUCUUUGGUUCCUCAUAAAGCAGAAGGAAGACAGAGAGAUAGAAAUUGAUUAUUUUUAUGAGCGUAUUUAGGAUCUCAUCACUUGUAUCCAGUUUUUGGGCUUUGCCAUGGUAAAUCUGAAGCUGGAGGACUAAGAGUAACCUCCGUGUUGUUGCUUACCCACUCGUGUGCUGGUGUGGCAAGCACAGCUGCCUUUCUAUCAUUACUGGUGUUUUUUAAACUGUAGGAGAAUUUCGGUUUUGACGUUCGAGGCUUAUGGAAAUAUUUGGAACUUGGUUCAUUUUUCAGUUAUUGUUAGAUUAAAUUCCCUGAGUUCUAAGCACUUACUACUAAACUUUUAAUAAAAAAUGUGGCUCUCAGGAUUAGUCUCAAACCAAAAUGUGUCAGGACCGUAAAUGCUUGUUUACAAAGUUAUCUGGUAGGUCCUUGGAGGAGAUACCUAAUACAAACCCUGGUAGUUUGUGUUUAGUGUAAAUGGAGACAACAUGAAAGGCAUCAGCACACUGAAGGAUUGGAAACGGGAAAAAUAAAAACCCGAGUCAUAGUUAGACUAUCUGGAUUUACUUCUGUCUUGAAUCUAGUGUUCAUAGAUUCUUCUGUAAAUGAUGCUUACAAUUUGUAAAACGAGUUGAAUCCUUGGGUAUUUUGACAGUACACUUACUAGAUAAAAAGUCCUAUGUUUCAUAUUCAAAAGCUUUUUUAAAGCUUCUAGACUUGAUAAGUUCAAUAAUUUAUAACUCCCCAAACAAAAAUCUACUUGUAUAUGUCACAAAGAAAAAAAAAGCAAAAUUAUAAUGAAGUUACACUUUACUGUACACAUUCACUCUGUUCCUUCUAUCACUCAGAGUUCAGGCAUUAUAGGGAGAAAGGGUUUUCCUUACUGUGUGAGGUCUGCUGUGCCAACAUAGUGCUAAGAGUACUUACGUAGUCAUAGGUCAUGAAUUACAGUAAAAUGCCAAAAUGCAGUGACAAAUUCCAGCUACAGAUGAUCAAGUGUAGCCAUUUUGAAGUCUGACCUUUAGUUUUGCUAUGAUUUCGAGUUUGAGUGGGUGUUUAAGUCUCUGCUGUUGAUUUCUCCUGUAAAGACAGAGCACUAUACUUCCUGCCCGCCUUCAUUGUGUCCUAGACUUCAUUGUCUUUGAUGUUCUUCCUGGCUUGUGCUAGUCGUGGGAAAGUCAGCAACAAUGUCAUGCUUAUACCAAAGAUCUAAAUCUUUCCUCAGCCCAGCAUCUGUGAUCUGCUGUACUUGUACUUGAGAGGGGGAAGGGGUUUGGAGGCUAAUCACAGAAUUUGAAAGUAAACUCCAGUUUCUCCUUAGCUGUAAUGCUUUUCAUGGAGGUCAAGGACUCAUUAUAAAACAUUUUUGCCAAUAUGAAUAUUUAUAUUUGGUUCAGAAACAAAACAUUUUAGAGUGGUUUGCUGGUAGCUUAUUUUAAAGCAAAGGAAAAACAUCUGAGCAUGAACACUAUCUUUGGAACAGUUUUAAAAAUAUGAUAGAAAAGUCUUUGUUUCUUGUUGUUUUAAAUAUUAUUAUACAGAGGUAUUAGUAAUUCCAUUUUUGGAAAAUCUUAAAAAUCGCCCAAAUGUUGACAUUAAGUACAUUGAACAACAGUGUCUUUGGUAUAGAAAAUGUUUGCUCUUCAUGCAUCUGUAAUUUAACUUUUGUUCAAAUUUUGCCUUUGAUACAACUAAGUUAAAACUCUUUUGAGUGCUGACAUGUUGUAUAUAAACAAAACACUAUGCUUUGUUGGAGGGAAAUUUCCUUUCUCGGAAUGUGACUGUAGUAAUCCUUGUUUGGUUCUUGGAGCCUUUUAUUUUAUUUUUUUUUUAUUUAAACAGGGUGCAACUUAAGAUUUCCUUUGCAUCAAGGUGUAUGCAGAACAUUGAUGCAGUGCAUCACAGUGACGUUUGUAUUUAACGAGGAGGCGCUUUACACUGUACUUUUUGGUGUUUUUUGGAAAAGUUACAUUAGAUUUGUUCUGAAGCUGUUCAUUUUUAACAAAUAAAAUGUAACGGGUUUGACAUGAGUUAUUCUGAGCUAUAAAGAUAGAGUUGUGGUUUUUUAGAUGGUUCUGUGUUACAGAGCAUCUUGUGGUUUUAUUUAUGCUUUCUGGGAUUUGAAGUCACUGAUCAGCUAAAUCUCCACUCUUGGUAUUCCUCUAACUUUUGACCAUUUCAUACAUAGGUGACAUGAGGUUCCAACACGAGGUCACGGAGGAAAACUAAGGAUAGUUACAUUGUUAUAAUACAGAGCAGGAAGUGGAUGAGCCCCUUCAGAUGACCUGUGUUAGCCCCUCUUCUUACAUCCCAGUACAGUGACCCCAACAUUUCCUAAAACGUACAUAUAGCUGUCAUGUUUUGAGCCUCAUGUCUUAUAAUUCUCAGUGAACAAUAAACGACUUCACACAUA